ACAUGAAGCUAUUUCUGGGGCACGGGAGGUUGUUCCCGGGGGCAGGAUGUCAUUCCCAGUGGGAUAUGAAGCCAUUCCAGAGGGCUGGAGUUGGUUCCCGGGAUGUCACUCCCGGCAGGCCAUGACGCCAUUCCCGGGAGCUGGAGUUUGUUCCCGGGGCGCCGAAGCCCAUUCCCGGGGGUGCAGGAGUUCGUUCCCGGGGAGCGGGAGCCAUUCCCGUGGGCAGGAGCCCAUUCCCGAGGGCGGGCCGUCAUUCCCGCGGGCCCCGCCGCCAAUCCCGGGGUCUCUCCCCCCAUCCCAUCCCAGCCCCUCCUCCCGGUCACUCGCGGGGCCGUCCCGGGGGCGGAUUUGGGGGCAGAUCCCAGGAAAUCGGCUCAUGCCAGCCCGACGCCAGCGGCCGGCGGCUCGGUGAGGCCAUUCCCGGCGGGAUGAGGCUCCCGGUGUCCCUGUGGCUGCCGCUGGCCCUGGCGGUGGCCGCGGUGGCCGCGGGGCAGUCCCCGCUCCAGCGGCGCGUGGUCCGGGACGUGCUGGAAUAUUUCCACGGGCGCAGCAACGUGCAUUUCCUCUUCAGGGAGAGGGAGCUGGACGGGCUCAUCGAGAGGGAGGAUCCCUCGGGGACGUUCGUGCAGCUGCGGCUGGGCCUGGCGCAGACGUCGUGCCGCAAGCGGGGCCCGCAGCGCCAGUGCCGCGUGGUGGAGAACCGGCGCAAGCCCACCUGCCUGGCCUGCUACAAGUUCGACACCGGCGACAACCCCAAGGUGCUGGACAAGUACCACAACUGCGGCCCUGCCCAUCACCUGGCGGCCAAGGAGAUCCGGCAGCGGGAUGAGGCCGAGUGCCGGGCGGUGGAAGAGGCCGGGAAGGGAGGGGACGCGCUGUACCUGCCCGGAAUGUUCGCCUUCUCCCGGGGGCUGCCGGCGUAGGCACCGCGGCACCGACAGACUCUGCCAUGGGGGUCCCGGCCCCCCCUGCUUGUCACCCCCCAGCACCGCGUGACCGAGGAGGGUCCCGGGUGUGUCCCCCCCUCCUGCCUGUCCCCGCUCCCCAGUAAACCCAGUGCUGGCUCCGCU